AUGGCGCUUGGGUUGGACGAUGUCGUGGGCGAGUCUGGAGUGCUGACUUGGGCAUAUGCGGUACUGCUCGGGGUCGAGCUGCACGACUGGUGCGCCCUGGAGGGCGCCAGCUGGUUCUUCCACGCCGCCGUGGGCUCCGCGCAGAGCAGCCUCCGCACCGCAGCAGAGCUGCGGAGCCGUCACAGGUCCCACUGCGACCUCUGCGCGGAAGGGGACAUCACCGGCCUGUGGGCGACCACGUCGGACGAGGGCCUGGGGCGCGUGCGCGACUCUCUCCGAGGGAGCACGCUCCUGCACAUCGCCCUGGAGAGGCCGAGGCCCCGCGAGCCGCUCGUGCGCUGGCUGUUGUCGCGCCCGGGGGUCGGGGACAUGGCGCGCUGCAGGGACAUCUGCGGGCAGACUCCGCUCCACGUCUGCACCCGCUGGGGCCACGCGGCGUUUGCCGCCCGCCUCGCGCGCAUCUCGGAGGUGGCCAUGGCCGUCCAGGACAACUACUCGGCCACGCCGCUGGUCGCGGCUGUGCGGGAGGAGCACGGGGCGGCCGUGGCAGCGCUGCUGUGCGCCCGGGCGGACGUGAAUGCCUUUGCUGCGAACUGUAGCAGUCACGGGGACACGCCGCUCAUGCUGGCGGUGCGCCUCAGGAACCUCGACAUCGUGAGGCAGGUUCUGGCGGCUCCCGCCUUGGAUCUGCAUAAGUUGUCGCUGGACGGCGUGCCGUUCGGCGAAGCGGCCCUGGAUUUGGCACACGAGGAGGGCCCCAUCCACGCCAUGCUGGUUGAGGCCAUGAGCAGGCCUCAGGCGCAGCGUGAGACUGCGAGGGCGUGCGAGGCGGCGCUUGGCGACCUGAAGAGGGUGGUGCUCGACCAAGGGACUUGCAACCCGGGUGGGCCACCGAGGCCGAGCGAAGGGACGCAGGGCAAUGCAGCGAGGUUGCCGCCAAUGCCAGGCAAGUUGGUCACCGGAUUGGCCGAGAUGUGCCGCACGGGCGCUGGCUUGGUCGCCAGUGCUGGACCAAUCGGCUGCUUUCCCUGGUGGCUGUCGUGA